AUGGAAGGAGCAUCGAGUAUGAUGGAAGGAGCAUCGAGUAUGAUGGAAGGAGCAUCGAGUAUGAUGGAAGGAGCAUCGAGUACCUAUGUAACAUUCGAAGGGGUCUCAGAAAAUCCCAACAUAGUGGAGGAGGAACACAAGGUACUCUCCUACUGGAAGAACAUCGACGCGUUUAACACAUCCAACCAGCUAGCCAAAAAUAAAAAAGCUUUUAUAUUUUAUGAUGGGCCUCCCUUUGCCACAGGGCUUCCACAUUAUGGACACCUGUUAGCAGGCAUCAUAAAAGAUUGCGUGACGAGAUACCACUACCAAUGUGGGUUCUCAGUCGAGAGGAAAUUCGGAUGGGAUUGUCAUGGACUCCCCAUCGAAUACGAAAUCGAAAAAGAAAAUAAUAUCAACAAAAAGGAAGAUAUUUUUAAAAUGGGAAUCGAUGUAUACAACGAGAAAUGCAGAAGUAUCGUUCUGAAGUAUUCAAACGAGUGGGUAAAAACUGUCGAGAGGAUAGGAAGGUGGAUCGACUUUAAGAAUGACUACAAGACGAUGGAUGUGACGUUUAUGGAGACUGUAUGGUGGGUGUUCAGUCAGCUGUACAAAAGGAAUUACGUGUAUAAGUCUUUUAAGGUCAUGCCGUAUUCAUGUAAAUGUAACACCCCCAUUUCGAAUUUUGAGCUUAACCUGAAUUACAAGGACACCCCCGAUCCGAGCAUUAUUGUUGGCUUUGUCCUUUUGUCGGACUUCCCUGCAGUGGAGGAGGAGGAGUGCCAGGUGGAAGAAGUGAAGAAGCUGUUAGGGGAGAAGCUCGCCGUGUUGUACGACCAGAAGAGGGAGCACUGCCCCGAGGGGGAGAGUGCAACUGGAGAAGCGGCAGGGGGAGCGGCGGCAUCCGGAGCAGCCGGAGCGGCCGGGGGCGUGUGCCCCCCCGCGCAGAGCGAAAUCCUGGCGUGGACCACCACCCCCUGGACGCUGCCGUCCAACUUGGCCCUGUGUGUGAAUGAAAAUUUUACAUACCUGAGGAUCCACCACGUGAAAAGCAACCGAGUGGUGAUUCUGGGAGAAUUCCGAUUGGAGUGGGUGAUGAAGGAACUAAAAUGGAAUGUUGAAGAUGUGAAGGUGUUGAACCGAUUCAAGGGCAAGUAUCUAAAGGGGUUGAGAUAUAAGCCCCUUUUUAGCUACUUCUACGACAAGCACGGUUUUAAAGAAAGGGCAUAUAAAAUUUUAGCAGACGAUUUUGUGACAGACGAUGCGGGUACAGGCAUAGUGCACUGUGCACCUACGUAUGGAGAGGAUGAUUUUAGAGUGUGUAAAAAUAAUGGAGUGAUUGAUCCGGAGAAGUCCAUAUUUAUUGAUCCGAUCGAUGCUAAUGGUUACUUCACUAGCGAAGUUGAAAUGGUUCAAAACCUUUAUAUUAAAGAAGCAGAUAAUGUAAUAAAAAAAUUUUUGAAGAAUGAGAAUAGACUACUGAGUAACAACACUAUUGUACAUUCGUACCCCUUUUGCUGGAGAAGCGAUACCCCCUUGAUUUACAGAGCCAUCCCAGCAUGGUUUAUCCGAGUGAGUAACUCAACUAAAGAGUUGGUAAAAAAUAAUGAGACAACUUAUUGGAUUCCUUACCACAUUAAAGAAAAAAAAUUUCACAAUUGGAUUAGAGAUGCAAAGGAUUGGUGUAUUAGCAGGAACAGGUAUUGGGGUACCCCCAUCCCUAUAUGGGCUGACGAAAAAAUGGAGACAGUGGUUUGUGUGGAAAGCAUCUCUCAUUUGAAGGAACUCUCAGGAGUGAAAGAUGUAAAUGAUUUACAUAGACACUUUAUUGAUAACAUCGAAAUUGAGAACCCAAAAGGGAAGGAUCACCCAAAAUUGAAACGUAUUUCUGAAGUAUUCGAUUGCUGGUUUGAGAGUGGCUCUAUGCCAUAUGCUAAGGUACAUUAUCCAUUCAGUACAAAGAAAGAAAAAUUUGACAAUAUUUUUCCAGCAGAUUUUAUCGCAGAAGGGUUCUUCUCUCAGGAAGUUACUCGAUAUGAAUGCUUGAAGAAGAAGCAAUUUUUUUUCGAAGAAGGAUGGGUCCACAAAAAUGAUAAUAUCAUGGAUAGAUGGAUUUUUUCAUGUAUCCAAAAACUGACAAAACUUGUGCAUGUAGAAAUGAAGGCAUACAAGCUCUACAAUGUCCUACCCAAGCUUUUGCAAUUUAUCGAAAAUUUGACCAAUUGGUAUAUACGACUUAAUCGGGAUCGAAUGAGGGGUACCUUGGGGGAGGAGAACUGCUUACAAUCUCUUUGCACUACGUAUAAGACGUUGUACCUGUUCACUGUGCUUAUGGCUCCCUUCACGCCAUUCAUUACGGAGUAUAUAUAUCAGCAGCUGCGAAGGGUGGUCAGGUCGGCGGCGGACAAGGGAGCUUCUUCUCAAAGGGGUGCGGCGGACAAGGGAGCUUCUUCUCAAACGGGCGGGGCGGACCAAAGCGUGCACUUCCUCAUGCUGCCGCAAGUCGACGAGAACUACGCCAUUGACUACGAAAUCAUCGAGCUGAUCGAAAAAAUGAAAACGGUCAUUCUGCUGGGGAGAGUACUGCGAGAGAGGAGAAAGGUGCCCAGCAAAAAGCCGCUAAAGAAAAUUACCAUUUUGCACCCCACGAAGGAGUACUUCGAAAAGUUUGACCAAAUAAUGCACUACAUAAAGGAGGAGCUGAACGUACUCCACGUGGACUGUUCACAUGACACCAGCUGCAUUGAAUUCACUGCAGUGCCGAACUACAAAACGUUGGGAAAUAAAUUAGGACCAAAUUUGAAGACGAUCCAAAAUAAAAUAAAAAACAUGGAUACGAAAUCGAUUAAGCAGUACCAAGUGGAAGGAAAAAUAACCUUUGAAGGAGUAACCCUAGAAGGAGAUGACAUCCUUGUGCAGAUGAAGCCAACCGUCCAAGAAAAGAACACAGAUAUGAUAAGUAACGAGUCCGUAACGAUCUUCAUCGACUUCACCACAGAUCAGCAACUAGAAAACAUGGCUAAUGCAAGAGAGCUGUGCAACCAUGUACAGAAAAUGAGAAAAAAUUUGUCCCUAAAUCAGAACUCUCCUGUUAAAAUGUAUUUUUACAUUGCGGACGAGACGCUGCGUAGCAACAUGGUAAGUGAGAUGGCCUACAUUAGGAAGUGCCUCCGCCGCGAGCUGCACGUGCUGCCUUCCCAGGCGGACUACGAGGGCCUCUCGGGCAAGAUGCACGACGAGGAAAUCGUGCUGGCCGGCUGCCCCGUCCGCCUCGUCUUCGCCCAGGCGUAG